CCCCCCCAGCAGCCUGUUUGAAUGCUGCUUGAUAUACAUCUUCCCCACCAGAAGGCCCCGAAGGUGAGACAGGUACGAUGAGCCCUGUGCUGCUCAGAGAGGCUUUUGGAAGACGACCCCCUCUGAACCCUUCGGAUCGGCACGCUCCCUGGACCCUGCUGAUGCCUCUCCGGACAGCCGGACAUGCUGCUGCAUCUCCCACCACAUCGGGCUGCUGCAUGUGUCCCUGCUGCCGCUCUGCAGGGACACAUCAACGUGGUGUUGAGGGCAGGAAAGAGGAACACAAGUUCAGCUGGCUGAGCCCAGAGCCAGUGGUCCUCAUUCACUGCUGCGACUUUCUGUUCCAACUCGCUGGCCUCGACGAGCUGCCCCGGCGCUUACGGCACAAGCAGGGGAGAGGGGGGUGUGCUCCGGGGAUGCUGGCUCCCACCACCGCAUCGCCAUCCCUGGUGCGGCUGCAAGCACGAGCUCGCCUCUCCCCUGCGUUUUCUACACCGCGACAUUUGCUGCAGUCGGCUCCCAGCUCCCCGCAGCCACGCUGCCCGUGCACGAGGUGCCGAGGAGGGCUCUCCCUGCCCAAGAAAUCCCCAUGUAAGGAGGCGAAGAGCAAGUGCGGGGAGGGAAAUGGCGAUGCCCAGCGCAAGCAUAACGUGUCUGGGCUGAUGGCAAGGAGCAGGAGGCUUUGGUCACGCUCCAAGUCCCCAUCAGAGGAGCACAGGGUGCAUCCCUGUGCCAGGAGCUGUAGCAGAGAGGAGGAGGAGCGCCAAAAAUUGGGGACCUGUCUGUAGGAGAAGCAGAGCUGCUCCCACCCGCCUGCUCCUUGCUUCUGCUUUUGGUUUCCUGCUGGAAAUAGACUUUGUGGAAGCGAUUUGCAGCAGUCAGCGAAAGAAGGGAGGGACUUUGCAAGAGGUGGAAGGAUCAGAUACGGGCCUCCCUCCUAGAAAAGGAUGGGGCAGAAUGGUGUUUGAAAGGUUUUGCAUGGGCUCCCGUACACACAGGCUUGAAAGACCUUUGCGAGGGAGAGGGGAGGAAUUACAUGGAAUGAUAUUGGGACUGAACAAAAAAAAUAGGGAAAGCAUUGCAUAAAGAUGAUUAUAAAAAUAUAACCUGUUCCAUAUGUGACCAGCUGAAAAUGUGCACAGUGACUGGGGCAGGAGGUGGGUCUGGCACAGGCAGCCGUGCUAUUGCCAACUGCUAAGCAAAGGCAGGCAGCUGCCUGUGAGAGCAGGGCACACGCUGCCGCCCACCACGCCGAGCCGCUGGCACCGGGCAGCAAAGCAAAUGUGGUGCGAAGAGCCCACGCCAAGGGGACCUGGCUGCCCCCGCGCCUGGCCCCAGCUUCUUCCAGCUGCAGAACUUUCCAUGACAAAGAAGGGUUUUCAGGAGAAAAGCGGGGAGGAGAAGAGGAGGAGAAGUGGGAGGAAGGCUGGCUGCUACACGGGCAUGGGACCUGUGACCACAGCUUGCUCGGGUCUCCCACACUUGUGCCAUUGACUCCCAGUCCCCCUCUCUCCACGGCAGCAGAAAUAGUGGGGGAAGCAAAACAGCAGCAAGCGAUGGCCAGCCCGAGGGGGGCUGCGUGAGCCCCAGCACGCAGCAUCACCUGCUGCCCCCUGCUAACGAGCCCUUGGCAUGCAAGUGGCAAUUAUUUCAGCCAUAAAAGUCUAAAAUCAGUUCUUUUAUUGACCUGGCCUGUAACUGGAUCCAGCG